CCGGCUCCGAGACACAAUGUAUACCACUGGGAUGGCGACAGCACACGUCUAUACCUUGUCCAAGAAAAGUGGUGUUGGAAUCAUAUUCAUGCUUUUGGUUUUAUUAGCGUCAUUGUCCCUUGUUGUGUCCAGUACUCAAGGGUGUGCAAAUCAUUGUGUACAUGGUUGUGACAAGCCUUGUCUUGGGCGGUGUGCGGCCGGCUGGAAAGGAACUGAAUGUGACAAACAAUGUGAGAGGUUUUACUAUGGUAUCAACUGUGUACAUUCGUGUGGACAUUGUCGGGACGACGCCACGUGUGACCCGGUGAGUGGCAAGUGUAUUGACGGAUGUGUUCCGGGCUGGACUGGCCAGUUCUGUAACACAUCCUGCGAGCCAUUUAGAUACGGUCUGGACUGUUCUGAAGAGUGUGGUCACUGUCGACAAAACAAGGCCUGUAAUACAGUGUCUGGAAAGUGUAGCGCUGGAUGUACUCAGGGAUGGACUGAGGAGAGGUGCGACUCAGAAUGUAAUAGAGGAUUUUACGGUCUUGAUUGUGCCAUAAAGUGUGGCCAUUGCGCAGACGAUGUCCCUUGUAACCACGUAACAGGCGGAUGUAGAAAUGGCUGCGCAGCAGGCUGGUCAGGAGAAAAUUGUGUGUUAAGAUGUACCCGUGGAUAUUUUGGCAAAGGUUGUCUAAGGAAAUGUGGUAACUGUAGAAACGGUACAUGUGACCACGAGACCGGAAGGUGUCUUUACGGAUGUGCAACCGGCUGGCAGGAACCGACAUGUCAAGAAAAGUGUCGGCCGGGAACGUUCGGAGAGAACUGUAGCAUGACGUGCGGACAGUGUUACAAGAACACAACAUGUGACAGUCGGGGGAUAUGUACAGAAGGAUGCCGGCCAGGCUGGAGGGGCAGGAGGUGCCAAGUCAGUUGUGAAAAAGGAUACUACGGCCAUGGAUGUACAUACAAAUGCGGUAUGUGUGGUGGCGAUACGUCUUGCAAUCUAACAACGGGGGAAUGUCCUAAUGGUUGUGAGGAUGGAUAUACAGGAAUACGGUGCCUUGAUGCGUCAGGAAGAAGUAUGCCGUACGAAAUGUCCGGCGCUAUAGUACCUGUACUCGUCUCGUGUAUUGUGACCUUGACCUUGUUAUUUACCGCCACGAUCGUAUACUUCCUGUUCCUUAGGCCACGUCAUGGCAGGUUCCUCAGCAGGUUCUACAGACUUACCACGAGAAGUUUUCAAGAGCCUGAAGCCCAUGUGUACGAGCAAGUGCUAAAUGGGCCAUGGGAAUUAAAUAAAUACAACCUGAUACUCACCACAGAAAAAUUAGGGCAUGGUCAAUUCGGCAUGGUGAAGAAAGGAUAUGUGAAGAAGGAUAGAGAUAACAGAAUCAACGUGGCAGUCAAAUCCUUGAAAUCAACUGCUUCAGAGAAGGACAAGACGGACUUCAUCAAUGAACUAAACAUAUUAAAAAAGGUCGGUCACCAUCCGAACGUAGUAUGUCUUGUCGGAGCUUGCCACAUUCAAGGAACAAUGUACGUUGCCAUGGAAUAUGCAAAGAAUGGGGAUUUAAGGAGUUAUCUUAGAAAAAUCCGGAAGGGAAAAUUCCAUAUAUACGAUAAUACCAGGUCCAUUACACCGGUUCAGAAUUCUGUCCUCCUGAAGUUUGCAUUGGACGUGGCAUCAGGAUUAAAUCACUUGGUAGAAAAACAGAUAAUCCACCGAGACGUAGCAGCCAGGAACGUACUUCUUGAUGACAAUCUCAUCGCUAAAGUGGCAGAUUUUGGUUUGUCAAAACAUGACGACACCUACAUAAAAACGUCAAAUACAAGAGUACCGGUUAGAUGGCUCGCACCAGAAUCUCUCUUCAAUGCUACGUAUACUACACAGAGCGAUGUGUGGUCGUUUGGAAUACUGUUAUGGGAGGUGUUUUCCCUCGGCGGUACCCCAUACCACGGUCUGGAGACACAGCAAAUGUGUAACCUUCUUAAACAGGGCUUUCGACUCCGGCGACCAAAGAAGUGUGAACCAGCCAUGUAUGCCAUGAUGCUGCAGUGUUGGAAUGAAAGACCUAUGAGUAGACCACAAUUCUCCGAGUUGUGUUUGAGACUACAACGCAUGGUAGAGGACAGCCAGAUUUAUAUGAACUUGGAUGUGAAUGAAGGAAACCAUUAUGCUGAAAUCGACAGUGUACGAUAGUGACCUACAUAAUAAUACUUAACAAACAUUUUGUGAUAUUUCUGAAUAUAUAUAUAUAAAGAAUGUUAUUCUGGAUCCAGAUAAAGUGUUAAAGACAGUUCUGCAUACGGCACGUGCAGUUGGAGGAAAAAUAAAAACACACGAGUGUCGAUGCAGGAGAUUGACUUUCAGCGUACUAGCAGAAGAUCUAGAUAAACCGCCAUCUUAGAUGACGCAGAGUCGUCAUUAUGAAAGUCCUCUGUUUUUACCUUGAGAUUUCCUUCAAGUUUCGUUUUAUGAUGAAAUCAGGAGAAAAUAAGUGUCGUAUUACGUGAGAUAUUGUUUUAUCUCCCAAAACAUUAUUAGGUUUCAUUUGCUCCUUAUGGUCUAGAACUGUGUUACAACCAAGUGGGAUUUCGUUGACAUCUGAUUGUCUGCAUUUCACGUGAAGUAAAAUAAUAGUUUUUGACUGAGCGGUCCUUUUUCGGCUAGCUUCGAUAACGUAGCUCUAGACGACGAACGGGCGAUGUCUGAUAGAUGGUCGUCGUCAGAGAGGAGGGUAAUAGGAUAGGAAUACCUUCUAUUUUUCGGGAAGAUUUUCAUCCAACAAGGUAAAGUUGGAGUAGAAGAGGCACUUCUAAUGAAAUUCUUUGGGAAUUAAAGUACAUUGUACAUGGAAAAUAUUAUAAAACAGGACCAUGUAUAGGACCAUGCAAAAUAGGUUCAUCGUCAGGGAAAGAAAUGUAGAUAUAUAUUUAUAUGUUAUGGUAUAGCACUCGUGUAAUAUUUUGUACAAUAUCCUACAUUAUUUAUUUAUAAAAUUACCGAAAUCAUUGAGAAUACUUUAACAUGUACAAGUAGCAGAUUACAUAUAUUUAUAAAAAUGUUAUUCACCCACUUUUUAUGUUUUCAAAAUAAAAUUGUUCUUUUUGUCUAG